CCCCCGCAGAGGCUCCGGCGGGGAGCCCGCGGAGCCGCGCCUGGCGGAGGUAUGGUUUUCCCGGCGGAGCAGAGCUGCGGCGGCUGCCACCUUCGCGGGUGUUGAGACGGGAUUUGUGCGGUGCGGUUCCUGGGCUCCUAGCUUCAUGACUGCGCGGAGCGGGGAACCAACACCAUGCGAGCACAAAUUGAAGUGAUACCAUGCAAAAUUUGUGGUGAUAAAUCCUCUGGAAUACACUAUGGAGUCAUCACAUGUGAAGGCUGCAAGGGAUUCUUUAGGAGGAGUCAGCAGAACAAUGCAUCCUACUCCUGUCCAAGACAGAGAAACUGUUUAAUUGACAGAACCAACAGAAAUCGUUGCCAACACUGCCGACUGCAGAAAUGUCUUGCCCUUGGAAUGUCUCGAGACGCUGUGAAAUUUGGAAGAAUGUCUAAAAAGCAGAGGGAUAGCUUAUACGCUGAAGUGCAGAAGCACCAACAGCGACUGCAGGAACAGCGGCAGCAGCAGAGUGGUGAGGCAGAAGCCCUCGUCAGGGUUUACAGCAGCAGCAUCAGCAAUGGCUUGAACAAUCUGAAUAACGAAACCGGCAGCACCUACUCAAACGGGCACGUCAUCGAUCUGCCGAAGUCUGAGGGCUAUUAUAGCGUGGAUUCUGCCCAGCCCUCCCCAGACCAAUCAGGGUUAGACAUGACUGGAAUCAAACAGAUAAAGCAGGAACCUAUCUAUGACCUCACCUCUGUACCAAACUUGUUUACCUAUAGCUCUUUCAACAACGGGCAAUUAGCUCCAGGGAUAUCCAUGAGUGAAAUCGAUCGAAUUGCACAGAAUAUCAUUAAAUCUCAUUUGGAGACAUGUCAGUAUACAAUGGAGGAAUUACAUCAGCUAGCAUGGCAGACCCACACAUAUGAAGAAAUAAAGGUUUACCAGAGCAAGACAAGAGAAGCUCUGUGGCAGCAGUGUGCCAUACAGAUCACCCACGCUAUCCAGUAUGUGGUGGAGUUUGCAAAGCGCAUAACAGGCUUCAUGGAGCUCUGCCAGAAUGACCAAAUUCUCCUUCUUAAGUCAGGCUGCUUGGAAGUGGUUUUGGUAAGAAUGUGCCGUGCCUUCAACCCACUUAACAAUACUGUUCUGUUUGAAGGAAAGUAUGGAGGGAUGCAAAUGUUUAAAGCUUUGGGUUCUGAUGAUCUGGUAAAUGAAGCAUUUGACUUUGCAAAGAAUUUAUGUUCCUUACAGCUGACUGAGGAGGAGAUUGCCUUGUUUUCAUCUGCUGUUCUGAUAUCACCAGAUCGAGCCUGGUUAAUAGAGCCAAGGAAGGUCCAGAAGCUUCAGGAAAAGAUUUACUUUGCACUUCAACAUGUUAUUCAGAAGAACCACCUCGAUGAGGAGACAUUGACAAAGUUAAUAGCCAAGAUACCAACAAUUACUGCACUUUGCAACUUGCACGGAGAGAAACUGCAGGUAUUUAAGCAAUCUCAUCCAGACAUAGUGAACACACUGUUUCCUCCAUUAUACAAGGAGCUUUUCAAUCCAGACUCAACCACUGGCUGCAAGUGAAGGGGAUAAUAGAAUUUUCACGUAGUCAUGGAAUGCAUCACUAGUAAAACAAAAAGAAGUGUUUUCAUGAAGAAAUUAUUAAAGAUUUCACUACUGCAACACUAGGAAUGUCCUGCACUUAACAGAAUUAUUUUUCACCGCUACAGUUUGAAGAAUGUAAAUAUGCAACUCUGAGUGGGGAUGUAUUUUUUCUCUUUUGUUUACUUUUUUUUUUCAUUUUUGAACUGACAAUGAAUAUACAAAUAUAGGACACUGGGUGUUACCUUUUUUUUUAAAUUUACUUUUAUUGGGAGAUGUUUUGGGAGACAACUGUU